AUGAAUUUUGACAACUACGCUAAAAUAACCAGCACGACUGUGCCCCAAAUGGAAGAUGCUUUUACACCAGAUGGCAAAAAACAGAAUAAAGAUCAUGUUUUUGACAUUAAAAAUGUGCCAAUGACUUCACAGGCUAAGGCUAGGAUGUUAUAUUAAAGACCAAAUAGUCAAAUGGGUGGUCCUGAGAUGUAUGUUACAGCCGGAGCUUAAACCAUGAAAAGAUAAAUUUCUAAUGCUAAAGAUAUCAUGCUGAUGAUAAAUAGGGGGGAACUGCUUAACUGCUAUGUCUGCUUCAUUAAGCCUAUUGAGCACUAUUGCAAUGUAUGUGAAAGUGGACUGUGUGGUAGCUGUAAGAAUGAAAUCACUCAAAGAAACAACGCUUGCCCUCAUUGUCGGUAUAGAGAACCAGUUUUCUUAGAUAUAAAAGUAUGCAAACCUCUAAAGUCACUCAUAAAAAAGGUUAAGCGCAACUUGUUAACCGAGUAUGACAUCUAAAAGGCCUUUAAGUGCAAAAUAUGCAAAAAUCUUAUGCUUGAGCCGAAAUCGUGCCAAGAUUGCUUGACUAAUUUCUGUCAGAGCUGCAUCCAAAAUAAAUUGUGCAAAGAGAACAAGUGCAUCGAGUGCAAAAUAAAUAAUCCGACGCUUAGAAAAUUGCAUAAGUCGUAGACUGAAAUUCUUGAAAAGUCAUAAAUAUAAUGCAGAUUCUGCUUUGAACCUCAAAGAUAUCUAGACCUGAUUAAUCAUGAGAUAGAUUGUCCUAUCAGGCAAAAUCCCUAAUAGAGAAGAAAUACCAAUGUUAAAGUUUUGAGAGUAAGUCCUCCUGGUGAGAAAAUCCAUGAUAAUAGUUUCGCACCACAUAACUCAUCCUCUGAAAGAAAGAGAGGAAAUUAUAAGUCAGGCACAUUUGCGAAGUAUGUCAAUAAUAUUGUAAGCCGAAGAGAAAGCUCUAAAUUACACCUGAGCAUUUUAACCAAUGAAGAUCUAAGGGGUGGCUAGAACAUGGAUAUAUCAUAUACUGGCUAGUCUGAAAACGAUCAUUAAAGUCACAAUACAGUGAUAAUGAGAGAAGAUAUUCAUGGUGAGAGAACUUCUAGCUUCCAGUAAAAUAGACACAACAGGCUAAAUAACGAUCAGAAUAUCUCCUUCUUAAUUCACUCUAAUGAUAGUGAUAUCCAAAAGAUUCACAUGAGUGAUUACCCUUACUAAUUAAGUCCCAACACAGUGAAGUCAAGAUCAUCGGAAAAAAAUUCAUUUGCUUUGGAGCACUAAAGGAUGAUGAUGAUGAAUGUUUCAGAGAAAUCCCAGCAUUCUUCUACUUCUGAUGAAGAAUCCCAAAACUCUCAAGAAUACGGCUAUGAAUAAUAGGAUUAAAUGGGAGAAUUCGAGUACGGCUAAUUUGAUCCUGAAAAUAACUCCCCAGGUGUAAGGUCAACUAAUCCAAAAAGAUCCAGCACAGCUUAGCUCCUAAAAAAAUAGUAGUAAGAGACUCUUGAUAAAAAAUCUUACAGUAAAGAGAUUUUUAAUGGGUUAAGUGAAUGGAAGACAAACUUCUACGCAAACAUUCAUAUGGAGAAUUGCUCUUCUGACUCAUUGAUUUUCUACUUCAUGUUUAUGUUAAUCGGAACAUUCGAGAUGUUCAUGGCAAUGUGCGUUUUCUUCAAUUAUCAAGUCAUCGAAAACUCAAAUCCAAACGUUCCAAAAUUUUAAGUAAAUCAUAUCAUAUUUGCUUCUGGAGUUGCAAUUGAAGUCCUUUACUUGCUAAUAACUAGGAUAUAUCUUGGCAAGGCUUACUUCAAGUAUCUUAGAUACAAACAUACGAAGCUUUAUUGUGCUUUAACAUCAAUUAUACAGUCAAUAUUCGGAAUCAUACCCUCAGAUAUGCUUAUAUUCUUUGGGUAUAAGGGUGAAAAUGAAUAUGAGAAGAAAGUUCUCAACUUAGCUUGGCUUAGAAGAAUCAUAUCAUUGGUACGCGUAUCUGUUCAAGCUUUUGCCAUAUCAUGGGUUGUAGAAGGGGAAUUUAACACAACAGUGCUGCUCGCAAUGGUUCUUUAUUUUGUUCUACUAUCUAUUGCUAUUUGUCCUUAGAGUAGUAGUUACGAUGCUUUUUCAUGGUAUAGAAGAGCUUGA